CGUUGUGAACAUGUGUCCUCCAUUUCCAUCUCCAGAGAAGAGAGAAAAGAAAAAGAGCUUUGGAGUCGUUCCGCCCGAGUCGGGUGAGUCGAAUCAUGACUCGACGAUGUUCCCAUUGCUGCAACAACGGGCACAACUCCCGCACGUGCCCGUCGCGAGGCGGAGUGAAGCUGUUCGGCGUCCGGCUGACGGACGGUUCUAUAAAGAAGAGCGCGAGUAUGGGGAAUCUAUCUUCCGCAGCGCAUUACCACUCGUCCUCGUCAGCUGCGGCUUCUCCGAACCCUAGCUCCCCUUCAUCCGAUCCGCUCCGCGAUCCGGCGCCGGUCGCGGGAGGAUACGUGUCCGACGAUCCCGUGCAUGCGUCGUGCUCGUCGAAUUGCCGCGGCGAACGGAAGAAAGGCAUCCCUUGGACAGAGGAGGAGCACCGCAUGUUUUUAGUAGGUCUGCAGAAGUUGGGAAAAGGUGACUGGCGUGGGAUAGCACGAAACUUUGUUGUGUCGAGGACUCCUACACAGGUAGCCAGCCAUGCACAGAAGUAUUUCAUCCGCCAGGGUAACUCAACCAGAAGAAAGAGACGCUCAAGCCUGUUCGAUAUGGUUCCAGAUAUGUCUAUGGACCCGCUGCCAGUGCUUGAAGAACAGUUCUUGGCCUGUUCUUCUCCGGCUGGUGAAACUGACGACAUAAACCCGCUCCCCUCUUUAAAUCUCUCUCUUGAUCAGGAGUGUGAACCCAUGGAAUCAACUUCGAACAAUGCCUCCAUGGACCCUGAAGAACCUGCCCCAUGCAGCAAUUUUCCACCACUGGUUCCGGCACUCUUCCCCACAUAUCUGACUGGUCCAUUCCCAUUUUGGCCACCGAACCUGGGCCCAAUUGGAGAAGAGAGGGGGGAGAUGCAUGAGGUCCUGAAGCCGAUCCCGGUCCUUCCCAAGAAUCCCGUACAUGUAGAUGAGCUUGUGGGCAUGUCAAAACUAAGCCUGGGAGAGGCUGCUGCAGGCCGUAUAGAGCCGUCAGAGCUCUCUGUAAAACUGCUCGGAGCUCGAUCAAGGCAGUCGGCAUUUCAUGCGAACCCAACUGCUGGGGGCUCAGAUUUGAGCCCCAACGGCAAUGUAAUCCAUGCACUUUGAGGUAGAAUAUGGGAGGGCUGCGUAUAUAUCUUUUUUUCUUGCUGAUCUUUCUUUAUUUUAUUGAAUCUUUACAAGUAGGAGGAUAUCUUAUCCCUGUAAGAAAGAAGGGUGUUAUGUUAGGGACGUGGUUCUCCUUUUAACAUAUGAACUAAAGUUUAUUAAUAAGCAAUUUCUUUUGCAGA